AUGAAGACCGAGGGGCUGAUUCAGCUGGAAGAGGACAGAGUUGCCGCGGAGAGCAGGCUGCACUGUCGCGACCUGCCUCAGAGCGGUGCGACGGAAGGACAACGGGACACCAAGCUGAAGCUCUGUCAGGACAGCAGAGCCCACGGUUCUACCGUCAAUUACAGGAGAUACGGGUAUGGAUCUUUCCUUUUAGGACUUGAGUCAAUUCCUGACUCUUUCAGGUCGCGGCUCACCGGAGUAAAAGUUCGACACAAACGGCAGGUUCUUCAGGACAUGGCUCGACCCCUGAAACAUUGGCUCUACAAACACAGGAACAAUCCCUAUCCCACCAAGACAGAGAAGGUCCUGCUGGCUCUGGGUUCACAUAUGACGCUCGUACAGGUUUCCAACUGGUUCGCCAAUGCCCGACGGAGGCUGAAGAACACAGUGAGGCAGCCUGAUCUGAGCUGGGCCCUCAGGAUCAAACUUUACAAUAAAUACAUCCAAGGCAACGCUGAAAGGCUGAGUGUAUGCAGUGAUGACACCGACUCAGAUGAGGAAGAAUGUCCUCUGCAGACGUCCGUUCGCCACCAGUCAAACUUCGGCAGGUCAACGUCCCACAAAAGCGCGCUGGAGAAAAACGAACGCGUCUCCGCCAACAGCGAUGACGGCGCGUCCCCUCCCUCCAAAUACAAGAGCAGUUUACUCCACCGGUACCUGAAUGACACCGUGAGACACAUGAUGGCAGCAAACACUAAAGGCAUCAGCGCUUCUUGCAAGAGGAGCGACUCCGAAUCGUUUAGCUCGAACGAGUGCGACCAGGACGCGGUGUCUCCGGCGUCAUCCUUCGACAUAGAAGCAAACUAUGUCUACCACAUGGGUGAGAAGAAACAAACUAACUUUUUAUCAAUAAUACAGACAUAUUAUUAUUUUGGAACUGACCUAUUCGGCUGGGACAGCAAGAUAGGCUAUCCCUGUGUACUCUCGUUUACUGCCUUCCAGCCAAUAUCCAAAUAUUGGACAUUUUUGCAGUCACUCAACAGCUGUGUUUUCUUCAACACAUUUCACAGGGAGCAGCAGAGACCAGGCCACCAGGGCUGGAGGGAGAUCCAUGCCGCAGUGGCUCUGACCAGUCUGGCCCACGGUCAGGGACAAGCACCGGACGACAAGGCCAGGGUUGUGUUGUCGUACACUCCCGCGGGGCAGUGCUGCCCUCGAGAGCCCCGCACUACAGCGAGAGCCACAGUCAUCGGCAGGACAUGCGCCACGGGGUCCACCUCCGCCCUGUGGCCGCGCUGCGCCACCGAGCCCGGCCUCACCAGUCGCAUCAUCCAAAAGUCGUCUCACAUCUCGGAGGUCCAGACUGUCAAAGCGUGUCAACCGUGACGGACAGUGAUUAACUGUUAAAACCCAAGGGACUGGUUUAAAGACAUGAGGACACGUGGCCGAGAGAAAACAGACAGAGGUGGAAGUGCCCUUGUAAUAAAUGUACAGUUCUUCUACAGUCAUUUGAUAACUUUAAUAAACCUACUCCACUUAUAAUUUACAUGUUUGAUA